UCGACUGACACAAAUUCAGCAUGAAUAUUUUCAAUAUGUAAUCGUAGAAUUCUAAGCGAUUUUCCUACAUGAUUAGAAUUUUUAAAAACUAGUAAUAAUACUGUUAUAGAUAUCUUUAAUUUUUUUACUUUUGUGAGCGGAAUCAGUGGAAUGUAAUAUUUUUAUAAAUAAACAAUGUUUUAUAGGAUAAAUUUAUUGUGACCGUUAAAUUAAUAUACCGCAUUUGUACCGAUUCCGGGUGUUGUAAUAUUGUUAUUUAAAUAAAAUGCCAUUAGGGAAAAUAUGAGAUACAACAAGCAAGAGUUGGUUGCGUUAGCAUCCCAAACUUCUAAUAAGUUUGACCGAGAAGGCGUUUUAGUAUUAAAAGAACGUCAGGAUGGUUUCUUUCGAAGAUCUGAAGGAUGUUCAGUGCGUUGGUUUCGUCUUAGAGGCAACUUGCUGUUCUAUUUAAAGGGACCAGAAUCAUGGUAUGAGCCUAUGGGAGUCAUAGUUUUAGGGAACCACCAAGUUAAAUUGCUAUCACAGGAUGAGAAUGGACAUUGGCCAUUUCAAAUUGUGUGGGAGAACGGAGUAUGCUACAGGAUGGCGACGUUUCACGAAUCCGAACGUACCUUAUGGCUGAAAGCCAUACAGUUAGCGUCAUAUGAGAAUAUAAAAUCGCAGGUUGCAGAUUUGAAGGAAAGACUGAACAAGAUCAGACCUAUUGUAGAUAUAGUGAACUAUCGAUUACAGAGGGGUAUAGUUAUUGAUAUGAAUGAAGUCCCACUAUGCGAACUAGCACUAUCAUGUGACAAUCUAAUAUGCGACGCGCACGGUCGGCCGCCGACGCCUCUCAUUGUUAUCUUCGUGAAGUACCCUAAGGGGCUCUGCGUUAGAUAUGGAGCUACUGAAAUUGUUGAGACAUGCAGCAAUCCGUGUUUCUCUAAGACGAUACUGUUCCGCGCGAGCGAUGGUCUCACGGGCGAGGCGCUCGUGCGGAUAGUUGUUUACGACGUGAAGGAACGAGUCUCCGAGACCGCCUUGCCUAUGGGAUUUGCGGCACUCCAACUCAGCACUAUACAGGAAGCACAGAGACUACGCGUGGCUUUACAAACGCGAGAAAAUCGCCCGGUUGGCUUCGUCACCAUAAAUGGAUGGAGUCUCGAGCCGUCAUACAUAGGCACGAGUCCCAGCCAUACAAACGAUAAAAACUGCAUAGACAUACCACAGAAAGUACUCUGCCAUAGACGGUCGCAGUCACUCCCUCCGAGACUAGGCCUCAAGUUGAAGUUUCCAUCAUAUGGGAGUUUAUUAAAGCAGAACUUUGCUAAUAGUCACCAAGUGACAUAUAGAUUUCAUUCGGGUCUCGGCGGAGAUAUUACGGUCCACGAAAUCAUGGCAGAACCAAAGUUGUGUUACCAGAUGCCGAUGCAGUUGUUAGACAUUUACAUCCAACGAGAAAAGGAACUUCUCGAGGAGUUAUUGUCAGUGGGCGAGAUGUGCAGCCAGUGGCAGGCCCGGCAGCUGGAGCUGGUCAACAUUCACGUGUCACUGCUCAAACACUACUGUCACUCCAAGCUCUGCAUGCAGCAAGUGGACAGUGCCUAUUUCAAGCCAAGCAGCAGGAAAGACGAUGCCAGCCUAGAGUUCGCGCCAAUAAACUUGCACCUGCAACGGAUGUGGGUACACAACGAUACGCUGAACAAGACCGGCUUCCAUGAUAUUAUCACCGCCGGUGCGUUCGCUGCUCAUACCCAUAGAGCUGAACGGAGCCGAGGGCUAAUCACACUAGUACAGCAAGUGAAGGACGUGAACAGCACGAAGGCCGAGUGGAAUUCGGCCACGAAUAAGAUACAAGCGGAGUACGAAAACGUGGUGGCGGUGAGGAGACUCCGCGAGCAGCUGGCCGACGACCUCGACAGGCUGCUGAUGCUGUUGCUGGCGAGGCAGAAGGCGGAAGCGGUGGCCGUUCUGGAAAGUGUUAAGAGUAAAGUAAAAAGUUUGCUCGCAUUAUGGGAGCCGACUGCUGUCGAAGAAUCUUUGUCGUUUAUCGGAUGGCCAGAUGAUAACUACAACGAUGACAACGAUAAUCAGGUGAUGUCAACUAUUGUGAAAUUAACAGAACAGUUAACGGUGUUCGACGUGAUGAGCUCCGAUUGCGACACGUUCGACGCCUCCUCUAGUUCUUCCUCCAAGGAGACCUCCCCCACUGUGGACUACCCGAGCCUCUCCUCCAGCGUGCCCAACAUAUGCCCCAAUUGUACCCACAAGGACGCAAGAGCAGAAGCCACCGAACUGCAUUUCCAUAACAAUUACUUCAAAACAGAAAAGAAGGAACGUAGCAGUUUGAAUCUGUCGUUCAGAUCGGUCCGGUCACUAGCGAAGCCCCGUCUCAAUGAUACGCAGAGUCUGUCAUUCGAUAACAACAAAGUGAGGCACGGAAGCCUCAGGAAUGAUUACAAGUGCUCCGCUUCUUUGGAACAAGUUUCGUAUAGAAGUUUGAUGAGCAGUCUCAAUGGCGACAGGAAAAAGGGCACCGAGCACAGACGGGAAUCGAUCCCGUUCCCGGCGCAGGACCCCACAGUCCGUGAGCACCACUUGGCGUAUCUUCGCGGUGUUGGCAGCAACGUUGAGGAGGCGCUCACGUACGUCGCUGCCGGGGUCGCGACCGCUGCUGUUGAUUAUGAUGUUUCUACAUCAGAAGAGCACCUGGAACAGUUGAAGUCUCACAUGGAGUCACUGAAGUGUAGUACAGGCGAGGUGGCCAGGUGGCUACGGGUGUCGCACGCGGCUCUCCGGCUCAGGUACGAAGCACCCAGCUGGGCGAAAGAGCGGGCCGCCCUACAAACAAGAAGAGACACGUGCUUCUCCCAAGCGUUGACGACAGUAACAACGGGUUUGCUGUGCUGGCUGUGCUCAGUGCCAGGCGACGUGGUGGUGAAACUGCUCAGCACCGGUCUCGGCCCACUGUGCGGGUUCGAAGCCUUGCUCAGCUUGUAUUCAACCGAAAAGGCGAUGUGGGGCGACAUGGUGGUCGCUGUGGAGGACCUGCAGACUGUUGUGUUCACGCUAACUAAAGUUGGGCACAGUAACACCGCGAUACCUCAAGUUUCCGGCAGCAGGGGAGCGCUGACAGUGUAUCUACCCGUGUCCGAGUCGCUGCACUCCAAAUUCACGUCUAAAGAGCACCUGUCAUUCACAAUAACGGCGGUGCUGUUCAACAUCGGUAUUAAUGAGAAGGCGACAUUAGCGGAGGCGCUCGGCGAGACCACGCCGCAGUAUCAUUCCAACAGCGACAACCUGGACCGGCUCAAUAAAUAUUACCACAAGUACUGCAAGGUGUUUCCAGCCGAUCAUGCGACCAGAGCUUCGCCAAGAACGAAACCGUUGGAGGAGGUGAUGGAGAAUCUAAGGAUAGUGGUACACAAGAAGGUGCCGAAGAACGUAGAGGUGUUACAUUUAUCGGCACUGGCGACCAGGCUCAUGAAUGGCAUAAGGUUCACAUCGUGCAAGAGCGCUAAAGACCGCACAGGGAUGUCAGUUACUUUGGAGCAGUGUUCAAUCCUGGCCACCGAAUACCAUCUCGCUGAACAUGAAAUGCAGAAGGCACUCAGUAUUAUGCGCAGCGAGGGCUGUCGACGAGAGAACACACACAAGAACAUCGGGGUGAGGAAGUACGCGUUCACCAAGAAGCAAGUGAUGGCCCUGCCUCAAGAUUAUCGCCCGCCAGCUGGAACUUACGGCUCUUCGCAGACAUAAGUAUUUACAUGCGGUGAAUGUACCACGAAUAUCAAUACUAUAGUAACUAAAGUUCAAUAUGAGAUUAUGAACACGGGUAUAAUUUAAUAGACAUAUUGGUUCUUAAACUUUCGAGGCCAUAGAAUACUUAAUAAAUUAUUUUUUGUAGUUAACCCUACCUAGUGUCUCGUGCAGAAUUAUUAAAAAAAUUGUUUUAUAAAACAAUUUGUUUCCAAAUAUAUAUUUAUGACCUAAAAUAUAGAAUAGGCACGUAAAUUUGACAUAUUGCACGUAAAAUUUGUUUAACCAGUCAUGCCAACAUGACAACAGUUACCACAAACGUAUUUGUUAUUAUUGUAUUCCCAUAAGAUGAUGGUGAACCAGUAAAAUAUUAACUGACCCGAUGGAAUGCGGACACAAUUCAUAUCUAACGAGUCACUGAUGACGUUUAUUGUUUGUUUAUAAUUGGAAAUGAUGCUGUGAAAUAGCCUUAAUUGUACAACAAUGUACAGUCAACGUUAUUUUAAAUUGUUACAACGAUUCUAAGGUGUUUUUGACGUUUUGACGCGUGCAAAAAAUCCGCAAAUAAUAAUAAUUAACGUCGAAAAUGCUGCCGUAUCACGCCAGACUGUUUCACUAUAAAUAACAAUAUAAAUUAAUUUUAUUAUGUUUAAUUUUCUAAUCAAUAAUUAAUAUGUUUUUUUUGUGAAUUUACGAGUAUAUUGUUGGCUGUAUAUUGUAAACUAUUAUAUACCUUUUUGUAAUGGUGUAAGAAACAUUAUUAUAUUUGUACACGAUACAAUAUUCCCAAUAACCUAGAUAAUAAAUAGCAGUUACUUCGGAGUUAAUAAUAAUCGAUUAUUGAAUCUUUCAAGAUCCAAUUUAGUAUUGAAUUCCAAUAAAAGGCUUUGGACAUAUUGUAAUACACCGCAUGUUUGUUGGAAGGUUGCCGAUAUGGUAAUAGCGUAUAUAUUAUAUUUAGAAUACAAUUGACGGUUUUGUAAUUUUUCGUGCCACGGUACGAUAUCGUACCAUUUUACUGGCACGAGAUCAUAGAAUAGUAAAAUAAAAAAAAAUAAAAAUUCUUACAUGUAUACGAUAUUGUGGAAAAUUGAAAGCGUCUCCAUACAAUUGCAUACAGUUUGCUGUGAUAUUUAUAUCUUGAUGGUAAAAUCGUACGAUAUCGUGUUGUGCUGUGGUAAAUAAAAAAAAAAAAAACGUCUCUUUAUUAUGGUUUGUACUGAAAAAAAAGUAAAAACGUCGUGUGAACUGUUGUAUAGCAGAUAUAUGCUGUAUUACCACAUUAAUAAGAUUUAUCCUGCAAGAAAAUAUGCAGUGUGUUGCUAUAUGAAUGGGGCCAUAACCUGUCGACGAACGUCACGAUUUGGCACACUAUCGGUCUUUAAUUGAUGUGUGGAUGCGACUCUUAUAUUCUUUUUACGCACUCUUUUGUCAUUAAUGUUUUUUCAUGGUUGUAUAAUUUUCUGGCUCUUGCUUUUUUGUCUCAUUUGUGCUGUAAAAAGUUUGUAAAGAGUCGGUACUAACACAUCUAGCUGACAAGUUAGUAUAGGUGGUUAAGGACCCAUAUUUAUUUAGAAUUUUUUUAACUUCCUUAAAAAGAGACUAAUGUUUUGGACUUCACCCUGCAUUUGUAUUGUCUUGCCUUAACCUCUCAAAUGUUUUGUCUAAAUGGUACGUCUAUAGUUAAACUUAUUGACAAGUUUAACUGCGUAAUAUAAAAAGAGAUCAAUCCAGCAAUCCGUUUUACCGAUUGUGUACUAAAUCCUAACGUCCAUAAACAAUUUUAAAGAUACGUUCCAGAUAUUUUUUUUUAAUUAUACUAUAGGAACUUUAUUUUAUGUACAUACAUAAUUUGAUUGAAUGAAAUAUAUCCUACUUCAGAGAUGUGCCAAUAAUUAUAUGGUAUACAUAAUUAGGAUUAAAAUAAAGCGUAAAUAGAUUUAUAUUUCACUUACUGCAUUUAUCUAUCGCAGUUCUGAAUGAAAUGAACAUUUACAGUAAGAGAUGGUAACACUAUAAAAUAAUUUAUUUUUCUGUUAAACUUAAAACUUUUUUAGCAUGGUUUUACGCAGCGUUAUUCGCGCGUAUCGAUAAAUUCCUGUUCGCUUGAAGAUUUUCUAUAUUAGUCAGUGAUAAUUCUAGUCUAUAUUACUCAGAGAUACGUCUAGGUAUCUCUUAAAUUAGGGUCAGAUUUGGAGAAAAAUCUUUUUUGAAUUAGCCUCAUUAUGUCUGAGUUAGAAAAAAGUUAGAAGUAAAUUAUUGUAGAAAUUCUGUUUGAAAAGUUAAAAGGGUGUCUAUGCAGAGUUGGUGAUAAAAGAAAAUAAAAACUUACCAUACGUGAAGAAUGUAGAGGCGGAGAGAGCACGUCCUUGCCUAUAGUUGUGAAUUGUUAUAAAAAUUAGAAGCCAUAACAUAUUUAAAAUAAAUAUAAUAAUAAUAAUAAUUAUUCAACUUUACCAGAGGAAGAUUUUCUACAAAAGUCGUUGGUUUGGGUGCUUCUGUCCCAUUCAUGUUUCUACCGUGAAGUAGUUGUGUUUACAUGGCUGUGUUUCGGUUUAAAGAGUGGGUUAUGGCAGUGAAUUUACAAAAUACAGAGGAAUAACACCUUAGUUCUUAGAAAUGGCGACGCAUGGGGGGUAUCAUGGGCGAAACAGUAUACUCUGUUAUGUCCACGAUACUGCUCAUGUCUAUAGGCGACGGUUACCUUUCCAUCAAGUGGGACGUUAGCUUAUUAGCCAUUCUAAGUUGAUUAAAAACUAUUUUGAGUAAAUUAAGGAUACCUAUUUCAUUAUAUUAUUUUAAUUAAUUUUAAAAUGAUUUAUGUCGAAUUUUUUUUAAAUCGUGUUUUUAAUUCGUUCUUUAGUUAUGUUUAAAGAUCAAACACUAUUAUUACGUGCAGUAUUAUAUAGUGGUGGUAACAGUUAAUAAAACUUUUGAAUCAACUUCCAGCAGCAGUAUUUCCGAACCGAUACGACAAUAUAACCUUCAAGAAAAGAGCAUAUUCCUUUUUAAAAGGCCGGCAGCACACCUGCAAUGCCGUAGGUGUUGUGGGUGACCAUGGGUGGCGGUAGUCACUUACCAUCAGGUGAGCCGCAUGCUCGUUUGCUACCUGUGUUUUAAAAAAAAAGGCAAAAUUAACUAAAAUUGAGAUAACACCUGUCAAAGUUCAAUUAUGUUUAUUAAAUCGAUUUACAAUGAUGCACAACUAUAUGCCAAUAGUCUAUGCCAUCGAGUAUGCGUCUAGAUUAUUCGGAUGUUGAUCUCUGAAGAUUACAAAACCUGCAUAGGUGCCCUUGUUAGAGAUGGAAGACGAUACUUCUAUGUACAUAUGUAAAUGUAUAUAAGCCUAUAUAAAACAUUGAUCGUUAGUAUAUAUAUAUGUAACAAUAAAAUAUUGCAUAGUCAAUAAUUCAUUAAUCAUAAAUACAGUACUUAUACCGGCUUCUUCCAAUGUAGAUGCCAAGAAAUAUUAGAAGUAUUUUUAAUAAGUAUUAUAUAAAAUUUUAAUGGAAAAUAAAAAUACGCGGCACGAAAAUGAAUUCUAUAUUAUUAGACUUUGUGUCUUUGUAAUAUGAUUUUAAUAUCGCUUUAGGCAUUCCGCGGCGUGAUAGGAAUAGAAUUUGUCAAACAUAGUCACUCACGUCAAACAUAGAAUAAACCUAUAACGAGUGAAUAUUUUUAUCUCUUUUUGUCUGCCUUCAAUAUAAUUGGAAAGAAAGUGACAAAACAUAUGAAUAUAAACAGUAAUGUUUAUUGGACAUUGCGAUGUAACAGUAGGGUUUGUGUUUAUACAUUUAAUUAGAUUUUAGGUCUAUUUUUUCGAUUUCGAUUUAAAAGCUUUUUUAGAAAUUUCUGUACUUAAAUUUUGUUUUGUUUUUCAUUUAUUAUUAUCAUAUAGAGAAAUUUAGGAAAAUUAAUUCAACACAUAUUAUUAUUAAGUUUAGUGUUUUUGAAAAUUGAUUUCAACAAUGUUAGCUAAUCUGUGCGUAAAGCUAAUAUGCGUAAUUAAUAAAUUCGGUACUUAAUUUUUUUUGUUUAUCAGGUUUUAUUAUCAUUUAAAGAAAUGCGAUGAACUAUUCUUUUUUCUUAUAAUUAUAUUUUUAUGCUUACUAUUUGUAAACUUACAAAUUCCUACGCAAACUGUAGCAUAGGAUUGUGGAAUAACCUCUUCCGUGAUGUGUUCCAUUCAUUCUAUAACUUGGGAUCCCUUAAACAUAUCCUAAAAAGCAUUUAGUAAGUCGGUACAGUGCCGCCAACCGUUGACAGUAGAAUAUUCCUUUUUCGGUUGAUCAUAUUCAAGGAAUUACAUUGUCUGUAUGUUCGCUCACAAUGCGGUCACAUGUCGUGUUAAUAAAAUUGCAUUGUUUUAUUAAUUAAAGUAAUAAAUUGAACGCGGGAUUUGGUUUAUGCGAAACCAGUUUCUUUACCGUUAUGUUACCGGGGUUAUUAAUAUAUAUAUAUAUAUAUAUAUAUAUAUAUA